GUGUCAGUGGGGGAAAUAGUGCCCCAUCAUUGGUGCCAGUGGGGGAAUAGUGCCCCAUCAUUGGUGCCAGUGGGUGGAAUAGUGCCCCAUCAUAGGUGUCAGUGGGGGAAUAGUGCCCCAUCAUUGGUGCCAGUGGGAGGCAUAGUGCCCCAUCAUUGGUGCCAGUGGGAGGAAGAGUGCCCCAACAUUGGUGUCAGUGGGAGGAAUAGUGCCCCAACAUUGGUGUCAGUGGGGGGAAUAGUGCCCCAUCAUUGGUGCCAGUGGGAGGAAUAGUGCCCCAUCAUAGGUGUCAGUGGGGGGAAUAG